AGUAGUGGUAGCACUUUGCAAUACAAUCUGUUGAAAGCAAAAUAUCCUAGUAACUAUAUUAACAAAAAGAAUGUACAUAAUGCUAUUCAACAUUUUAGACAACCUUUUUGUAAAAAUUUACAAAAUAAUGUUGCAGAAACUUUGAAAAGGUUAAUAGCUUUAAAGGCAGAAGAUUCUAAUUAG